AUGUGUCCAGCAUCAGCAUCGAGUGGUUCUCGUAGUGGAAAUGGUUCAGGUUCAGCAAAUGCAAAACGUAAUGGAAAUAAUUAUCGAUAUCGAACAAUUAAUGCUCAAUCAGAAAUUGAUGAAACUUUAUUUGGUCAACCACAUAGGGUAGCAACAGCAGCAAAAAUGAGAGCUGAACGUCAACAACCUCAAGCUGAUGAUCAAGCACGACGUGCACAAUCAUGUACAACACGACAAGUUGGACCAGUUAAAAAAGAAUUUAUUAGGCAUAUUACAAAAGAUCUUAUUCGAGAUAUGAUUGUACCGGAAGAACAACCAUGUACUUCCGUAAUAAUUAAUGAUGCAACAUAUCAACGUUUAGCACAUGCUGCUCGUAAUAAUCCAAAAGAUGCACGUGAAUAUAAUAUUGAAGAAACGAAACGAAAUCAACAAUGGCUUGAAGAAGAACUUGAUCGUCGUAAAAAAGCCAUGCAAGCCUAUGAUUUACAACGUAAAAAAAAUGCUCCAUUAGAUGAUAUCGAACAAGAAGCUAAAGAAGAAGCCGAAUAUUUAUUAAAACGUGCUAAUGAACUUCGACAAGAACAAGAAGAUGAAGUUAAACAUCUCAACGAAUUAGUUUUAAAUGCUAAAUGUCAUGCUAUUCGUGAUGCACAAGUUUUAGAAAAACAACAAAUUAAACAGGAAAUGGAAGAAGAAAGUAAACGAUUAGAUAUGAUGAUGGAAAUUGAACGUCUUAAUGCAAUUAAGAUUCAAGAAGAAAUCGAACUUAGACGACACCAACAAGUUAAAGAAGGUGCAAGUAUGAUUUUAAAACAAAUUGGUGAAAAUGAACGUGAAAAAGUUUUUAAAGAAGAUAUGCGUGAACAAGAAAAUGCUGCUAUGCUUGAUGCAAUGCAAAAAUUACAGGAGAGAGAUUGGGAAGAAUAUUCGAAACGAAAAGGUGUACAAAAGAAAUUAGCGCACGAUUUAUUAAAAGCUAAUCGUGAUAUUGAAGAACAACGUGUCUUACGUAAACAACAAGAUCGUCAAACUGAUUUAGCUGUACUUGAAUUUCAAAAAGCUAAAGCUGCACGUGAAGCAGCACAAGAAGCUGAAGCUGAACGUAAACGUGCUGAAAAAGAACGUGAAGUUGCACGUUUACGUGCUAAACAAGAACGUGCCCGUGAUUUACAAGCUGAAAAAGAUGCCUUAAGAGCUAAACGUGAACAAGAAAGACGUGAACGUGAAUGGCGAGAUAAAGAAAAAUUUCAAGCUUUUAAAAAAGCACAAACAGAAGAAGAGAUGCGCGUAGCACGAGAUUGGCAAAUUAAAAAUAAAGAACAACAUUUAGCAGUUGAAGCUGCAAGAGAACGAGCAGAAUUUGAACGUGUUCUCAAAGCACAAUUAACUCAGGCUGAAAAAGAUCGUAGUGAAGAUUUUCAACGUUUUGUUAAACGACAACAUUUUGCGAAUGAUUUACGAGCACAAAUGGUUCGUCAUGAAAGACAAAAAGUUGAAGAUCGUGCUGAAUUUUUUGAAGAAGGUGUACGACGUGAAGAAGAAGCAAGAUUACGUCGUAUUCGUCUUGAUCAAAUUAAAACACAAAAACUUGAAGAAUUACGUCGUGCUGGUGUUCCGGAAAAAUAUUGUGCUGAUAUUGAACGAAAAAUCAACGCAGAAACUAAUUUACAUAAAGAAACAACUAAAAAUACAUCCGCUGUUCAUUAA